GUUUAUUAAAAGAAAUUUCUAUAAAUCAAAUAAGAACAUAAAACUAAAAUGUUAUUUAACCUUGGUUAGGCCAAUAAUAGAAUAUGCAUCCUCCGUUUGGGACCCCUCAACACAAGAAAACAUUAAGAAACUGGAACAAACACAAAAUAGAGCAGUGAGAUUCAUAACAAACGAAUAUUCACAUUUGAAUAGAGUAACACCAUUAGUAAAAUCACUAAAUUUAGAAAGCCUUCAGGACAGAAGACUCAAAAGUAAAGUAGCAAUUAUACAUAAAACACUGAACCAUAAUCUUCAAAUACAAAAACAAAAUUUAAUAAAAUACUCUGAAAGACACAAAGAUAAAGGCACAUUCCUUGUCCCAUAUGCUAGGACAAAUUUGGUCUAUUAAUUUACUGACUUCCCAUAGUUUCAUACCCAGAAUUGAGUAAAGUAGUGACUAGGCCACUUACCUAUUUAAAAGAUAUUUAUUCAGUUACAGUAAAGUAUAGAAUACAAAAAUAAUCAGUAAAUUUUGUUAUAGAAAGCCUUUAACUUGUGGGAAUAUGAGAUCUAACAGCAAAAUGAUUUUGUGUAGUCAUUUUAGAGAACAACCCAUGGCCUGGCUAGGGAGAUUUGAUGACUUCAAUGAAACUCAUGAAAUAAUCAAGAAAAGUACUGUGCCAAACAAAUUUAAUAUGAAUACAUUCAAAACAAAUACAAAUACCAAUCAAGGCCAUGUUCAGGUGCAAAGUCGAUCAAACUUCAGACAAAAAGGAUAUUGUUCUAUUAGCAACAUAAAUAGCAAUAUGCAAACAGUAUCAGUUAUUGGUAUAAUAAUUGGAAAAGAUGGUCCCAAAGCAAUAAUCAGCAAAAAAGGUGGACAUGAAAGACAUUUAUUAACCCUAACUGUUCGUGAUGCACCUGACGCCUUCAUUAAUGUCACUUGUUGGGGAGGUCAGGAAUACAUUCAAGCUUUGUCCUCUGAAUUGAGCAUUGGCGCUGUAGUUGAAAUAAAAGAUGCAAAUAUUCAAAACAAAUCACAAAAUGCAUCUGAUGAUAAAUUUAAACCUUGGACACCUAGCACUUGUCAAUUAAAUGUGAGUGAUAAUCAAGGUUCAAUAUUAUUGUACGAUGCAAACAAUGUGUCUGACUAUGCUCAGUUUCUUCAUAUUCCUACUAAAGCAAACAAUGAUUUUUAUACCCUUGAGGAUAUUCAAGCAAAUGGAACUAAUCUGCAAGGUGAACAUGUAAAUAUACUUGCUGCCAUAAAAAAGAUUUGGCCUUUGAGAGAAAUAUUGACCAAGACUGGAAAGAAAACUAUUAAGCAAGACAUAUAUUUAUGUGAUGAAACUUGUCAGUCAUUUACUUUAACUUUAUGGGGAAACUGUACUGAAUAUGUUCAAAGCUGGUUGCCAAUGGAUACAGUUAUCUUUGCUGCUGAUGUUAGAAUUAAUUUUAACGAGUUCAGAUCAACUAUGGUAGCAUGUACUGAUUCUAAAACAAUUAUUACCACCUGUCCUGAAACAUCUGAGGCUUAUAGCUUACUGGAGUUUAUUAAAACUCAAAACUCAGUUUUUCGAUCAGGUGACAUGGAUUUUCAGGGAAAUCCUGGCAACAAUGAUCCAGAUAUUCAAUCAAUCUCAAAGGUUUUGACAGUCAAACAGAUCAAAGGGUUGCUCUCCAGCCUUUCAGAAGAAUGUGUUGAGUACACAGUAAUCUAUGCAUUCCUUUCUCAAUUUGACAUUGAUGGGGAGGACAAGAAUAUCUUGCAAAACAUUUGCUCUAAAUGCAAAAAACCUGUCUAUGAAGAAACCAGUUUCAUCUGUGGUAAUCCAAACUGUAGUGGUGGUGACUUUGAAAUGUUUGGAAAUACCUCUGUCAAUAUUGAUUAUAGAAUCAAUGUUAAUCUUUCUGACCACACUGGAACACUUGAGUACUGUCAUACGCCACCACAGAUUGCAGAGCAAAUUUUGGGCAUUAAACCCAAGGAAUUCCAGAAAUUACCCAACAGUCAAAAAACUAACUUGAAAUGGAAUUUUCUUUUGGAAAGAGUAAAAGCUGUACUCAAGGUGGUGGUGUAAAGUUCACAAACUUCUAUGUAGUAAGGCUUUAUUUGGAGAUUCUAUGGCUUACUGAAAAAACUUUUGGCAGAGGAUCUCAAGUUCAAAUUCUGUUUGAGUAAAGGAGUUUUAAACUCCAGUUGAAUUGUUUCUGUAGAAUUGAAAAGCAGCUAAUAAUUUUCUCAAGUGUAUACCUCUCCCACAAAAGUCAAUGAAAGAGAUGAGCUGGUUUAGCUAUUCCAACAAACCAUUUCCAAGAUUUAAGUUCACUUUAAUGAUGUUGCUUUGCCUGGCUAAUAAUUUGAGUCUCAUUCAUAAUUUGGAACUCACUACCCAUUGAUCUCAGACAGACAACAUGCUACACUACAUUCAAGAAGAACAUUAAGACCUACCUGUUAAAAACUUUAUUAGAUUAGUUUGUCAUUUUGUUAACAGCGCUUUAUAAAUAAAUAAUUAUUAUUAUCAGUCAUUGCAAAAAAAAAAAAAAAAUGGCACCAAUUUCAAAGACAGACAAUAAAUUUGUUUUGGGGCCAUUGGAUUAUUAAAGAUAGUUUUUGAAAUUUGAGUUAUUGGCAUAUUUAGAUCUGCAUAAAAAACAUUAUAUAUUUAUAUACUAUUUUUUUUAUUUAGAUGCUUAGAAAAAUUUAUAUUUAAUAAAUUAGACAAUAAAUUCUUUAAUUAAAAAAAAAAGCCCAACAGGAUUAAGUGAGAUUUUGUUUUUAAACCAUGCCUACAACCAAUCCCAUUGCUUCAUUCCUUUUAGCAAAGGAAAAUGAUAAACCUGUUUUCACUUGCUUGCUUGGAGAAAUGGGAAAGCUUUGAUUGAAAAGAUUUAAUAUGCACAUACAUUUCAUUGCAAUAGCAUUAACAGCAAACACAAAGUCUGUCUUCCACUCAAGGGGGUAGCUAGAAAUUUGCCAUCAUUUGGAGGUCCGAGGGGCUUGACCUCUUUGGGACCCCUGUAUUUUGCUUAAUAUUUAAUGUAUUUCAAAUUCUCCUCCCCAAACCCUAGCUACGCCACUGCUUUCACUCUUUAUUAGAAAUAUUAAUAACGAAAUCACAGUCAAUGUCCUUCAAGAAACAUUUAUUAGAAAUAUUAAUAACGAAAUCACAGUCAAUGUCCUUCAAGAAACAUUUAUUAGAAAUAUUAAUAACAAAGUCACUGUCAAUGUCCUUCAAGAAACAUAUUUUUAGAAAUAUUAAUAAUGAAGUCACUGUCAAUGUCCUUCAAGAAACAUAAUAAUAUCUUCCUUGAGAUCCCAUAUUCUUCUCAGUACCUUGCCAAUGCAAUGCUAAGCCAGCCGAUUUCUCUGAACAGUCUGUGGUUAAAAGCUCUGAUAAGUUUGAUCACUGAGAUAAUUGGGUCAAUAGCAUGUUUGAUAUUCAAUGAAACUUUACUUAAACAUUCCCGUGUAGAGGUAGUUUAUGGUUGGGAUAUUGUUUUUAAUUUCAUUAUCAAGCCAAAGGUUUUUUCUGUCAAAGCACAGCACCAUCAGUUGUUACACUCCACUCACAAUCUUGUUCCAUGAGAACUCAAGACAUUCAACACAGUUCUUCAUAGAAUAAAUACUGCUCUGAGUUAGCGUUUUGACUGAAAGCUUUGACAUAAUCUUUGUUUCCUUUAAACUUUUAAAAAUAACAUGGAUAGAAAGUUUUUUUCGCAUCUUCAUCAUAGGAAUCAGAUGGUUCUAUAUAAUUAUAUAGAUAUUAAAAAUUAUUUAUUUUUAAUAAAUAUCCAUUUUUUGUAUAUUUAAGCUGUGGGUAAACCUAAUAUUUAUAAGUGUCUGUGGGCCGCUCGUGGCCCAUGGUAGUAAUUUGCCACCCCUGUACUAGACUGUGUGUCUACCAAUCUGACAUCCCAUAGAAACCCAGUGAAAAUCUGAGUUUUGGAUAAAGGCCCAUAUAUUUGACACCCCAAAAAUAAAGCUACUACUAAAGACAAGUACAAACGGCCAAAAGAGAAGUUAAACCACAGACAGACAUGUAUUUGUGUAGCAGAUGUGACCUAAUCAUACUAUUCCAGCUGGCCUGCCCUUCCACAUAAAAAAUGCACUCUUCUUUUAUAUACAGACUAUUUCUUUUAAAUAUUUGUAAAUUCAAUAUCUUUUUAUUGAUAGAGCAUCAAUAACUGAGGCAUUUACUUUCAAAUGUGAGAAACUUGCUUAGAUGUUAGUUUUAGACCAGAAUUAUUCUAAUUAAAUACUGCUUAGAAACUGUAAUCUUAACAGUUCAUUAAAAAAAAGUUUUUAAAUGCAUGUUCUCAGUAAUGAGAAAAUGUUUGUUCAUAGUCCAAGCUCUCUUAUUCUACCAGCUCCCAUCUGAUUUUAAAAUAACCAUUGCAAUAAUGUUGAAGACAUAAUUUUAUUUUAAAAACAACAAAUUUGUUUAGAUAACAUUUUAUAAAGAGCUGAGAAAAGUUUUUUUAAACAAAUUUUAAACAAAAUGUAUACAUAUUGAAGGCAGAAGAGUUUAUAUAAAACAAUUUGUAUAAUUGGAUUAGGUAGAAAAGUUUACCUUAUUUAACAAAAACAAAACAAUAACAUUGAUGUGUUCAGUCUGAUAUCUCUACAGCUGAAUCAAUAAUAUCAAAAAUACAAAAGAGAGCAUUGCACAUUCAAAAGUUAAUUGUUGCAACAAUGUUGUAUUUACAUUAAAACCUUUCAGUCUGACAUUCCUGCAGCUGAACUCUAUAGACAACAGAUAUUAUAUAUUUACAUUGUGUUCAAGCGUUACCGUUUUAAAUGAGUGAGACUAAAAUAUUGGAAUGUGCAGGGCACAAUUAUAGUGCAUGGAUUUGGGUUUCAACAAGGUUCUAUCAAAAAUCAGCUCCAAUGCUUGGAGAAUGAGUAAUCCAUAUUUCCUAGAAUAAACUAAAAGGGGAGAAACCUAAUGCUGUUAUGAGCUGAAAUAUAUUUGCAAAUAUUAACAAACUGGAAUUUGUUAGAAAUAUUUUUGCUGUUGUCACAAAAUAUUGACACAACUCUUCCCCAAAGGCUUUAAUCGUUGUAUUAUAUUAAUGGUAGACAGCAAUCUAAAAACAACAAAUUAACAAGUAAUUUAUAAGAAAAACAAGUCUAUAUUCAUCCUGCUCAACUUUCAAAUUUGUUUAGAUGUACCUUUCAAGAAAUCUUAGUUGGCCAUAUCAUAUUCACAAACAUUAGCUUAAUCAUUAGCAUAUGUUGAGGGAAGAUCUUUGUCAUUUCUUUUUUAAUUGUAAAUAAUUUAGAUCCAAUACAGCUGUUAAAAUUUUAGAGUACCAAAAGUAGCCCUUAAACCUAUUCAAACAUAAUGAAUGCUAUGAAAAAUUUAAGAGCACUUUUUGUUUUCAAGAUCUAAGUGUGAUGGAAAGACUGACUAAAACAAUUGUGGAUCUUUUGUAUUGUGGCUGUGGAGAAUUGCCACCCACUGUCUCAUUGCAAAUGUCCUGUUUCUUAGUUUUAAAAAAAAUUAAUAUGUAAAUGUGUGUGUGCAAAAUAUUAAAUUUGAAAUUCACAAAUGAAAUGGUGUCAGUAACUUCUAACAACUUAGAUGAAAUUAAAUGUAAUCAGUAACAACAUAUGCCAUAAAAUACAGGCAAAUAGAAUAUCAGUGUAAUUACUCUUAGAAGUUUUCACUUCAUCAUAUUAACAAAAAACAUUAUUGUGCCUAUUCUACCCAGUUUCAUUUUAUGUCACAAAUUGUAUGUGUGCUAAAGCUAUUCAGGGUAAAAAAUGUGUGAAACUAUUGUAGCUUACAUUCUGUUUUACAUACAACAAUAAGUAUCACAUUGUUAACUAGAAUACUCUUUGAAUGUCCCAUUUUAAUGCACCGUAAGCAGACCCUACUACUACUACAGUCCAACAUAACCAAUACUCAGUAUGGCAGUGCUGAACAACUGAAAAAAACAGGCACAGACUGUAAAGAGCCUACAACUCAGCAACCACAAGCUGGCUAGAAAUAGAAGUCUACUAGAAAGGUAGCUAAAUCAAUCAUAUGGCAAUGAAAAUUUUAAACAUUAAUAUGAAAACAUUUUGAAAAUGCAUACAUUAACUACAAAAAUAACAUUUUUUUAGGAUAUUACAACAGCUGAAUAGACAUAAUUCUUUAAAGAAUUAAAAAACUAACUUGCACUUUCAACAGCUAAAACACUUUCUGAGAAUUAAUUAAACUGAGCUCUUUUUGUUUUUUUAAAACAAUGAAAACUAUUUGUUUUUAAGCAUUUUAUUUUCCAUACUGUGUUUGUCAUUGUAUUUCAUAGUGAAAUAUUUGAUUAUUGCAACUAAUUUUCCAACUAAUUAAUCUUGGAUUUCUUUUUCGAAUGUUCAAUCUGAAAAAUGAGGUUGGACUUGUGUAACUCAGAAAGAAUUGAAACCAUUUGAACUCAAAAUUUUGUUGAGUUUAUAUUCUGAAACUUAGUUAUAAAUUUUUGUCCUUGUAUGUUUAAAAAAAUUUCAUGAAUCAUCAUAGUAUUUGUUUUCAUAAAGUUACAUUUCAUUUUCAAUGCACUUGAUACACUGAACAUGGCCUCACUAACAUUUGCCAACACUGAAAUGAUUAGCAUUUUUAAAACGCUAACAAAAAUUGAAUUUGGCGAUACUGUUAGUUUAAAUGAGCUUAAAAAAAAUAAAAAAAUAA